CUCCUGGUUGCCAGCCUUGUAAUAGGUAUUGCGGCGGGUGCAGAGGCUGUGCAGGGCGAUGAUUUGCUUGUUAGUUUUUUCACCGUUGCUGCCAAGGUGUUGACGCGCAUCCUCGAAAGAGUCAUGUGGUUUCUUCCCCUCGGUGUUGGCUCUCUGGUUCUGCGAGCUGUUGCGAACAUCGAUGGAGCCCAGGGCACAGUGCAAGCGUUAGCCAUGUUUGUUGUGACCAGCUUGGCAUACCUGGGCGUCAUCACGGUCGUCCUGCUGCCAGUAAUCUACCUCAUCUUUGUCCGACGUACUUUCUGUAAAUUUAUCGUCGCGGUGCCCAGGCCUAUGCUCACCGCCUUUUCGACCUUGAGCUCGUAG